AUGUCAUCUGAAUGGUUGAAAGUUUUUGUUAAACCUUUGAAAUAUUUGAAGACAACUGGAAUUGACACUUCAAGAAACGCAUCUAAGAAAUUUAUUGCAUAUUCUGUAAUAAUGAAUUUACUGUUUGUUGAUUUAUUCAGUUUCCUUUCAUUAAUACCAGUAAUAAAUGACGUUUCGAAUGUCGUCGAUUUUGCUCACAAAGCAGGUCCCGCGUCAUCUUUUAUCGGAUAUAACAUGAAAGUUAAAAAUUUCAUCAUCAAAAGAAAAAAAAUUGAAAGCUUGCUGAAAUUGACAGAAGACAUAAUUGAAAGUUUCUCAUGGAUCGAUGUAAAAGAAGGCAAAAUACUUAAAGCAAGAAUUGCAUUUGCGGAGAAGAUACUUAAAAUGUCAAUGAUUUUAAUGUUGUCAGCAUCAUGUUCUAAUCCCAUAAUAAUUUUAAUUUCCCACAACUUGCCGAUUCCUUACAAUGUUGAAGACAAUCAAUUUUUGUUUUGGAUGUCAGCUUUCUAUCAAAGUUUUACCAGCUUAGUGUUUACUCCAGUUUUAGUAAUAAUGAACGUUUUGCCAAUUAUAUUCAUAAGUUUUGCUGCAGGCAUGAUUGACGAACUUUGUCUUAAAUUACAAGGCAUUGCUGGACAUAUCGAGAAGAAAACUGAUUCAAAUGAAAAAGGACUUUCAGAAUGUAUCAAAAUCCAUAUUAAAAUUAAAGUUUACGUCACUGAAAUUAAAGACGCCUUUGGAACGGCUUUGUUUAUACAAGCAUUCCUUAGCACAGUCAUACUUGAAAAUGUUUUAUUGCAGGACGAAAAAGCGAUUACUUCGUUACCAUCAGUUGCCUUCAUGUUGCCGAUGUUGCUGGAAAUAUUUCUACCAUGCUACUUUGGAAAUGAACUUGCAUUAGCAUCAGAAAAAAUCUCUGACAGCUUGUUCUACUCGCAAUGGCAGAAGGAAACAAAAAAGUUUAAAACAUCGAUGAAAAUUAUCAUGGAAAACUCGAAAUUGUCAUUAAAAAUUCAUAUUUUUGGAUUAUUCGAAUUGACUUUAAAACAAUUUAUUCGAAUUGUUAAUUCAGUGUUCUCAUUGUACGCUGUUUUAAAGAAUAUUGCUACUUAA